AUGAAGUAUGUUGCUCUGCUCAGCGGUGGAAAAGACAGCUGCUUUAAUCUCAUUCACUGUCACGAGAAUGGCCAUCAACUUGUGGCAGCCGCCUCUCUACGACCCGAACCGGGAAAAGUAAAACUCGCGACUUCAGAUGAAAUCGAUUCCUAUAUGUAUCAGACCGUUGGACAGGAUGCUGUCGAACUUGUGGCCAAAGCCUUGGACGUCCCUCUGUACAGAAGGGUUAUAUCGGGCGAUGCUGUCCAGCAAGGUUCGGAAUACGGGAGUAGAGCCGGCCACGAUUCGGGGGUCAAGGGAGACGAGACAGAAGAUCUCCACGAAUUGCUAGUCCAAGUUUUGGAGCAUCAUCCGGAUGUCCAAGGUGUCUCCGUUGGCGCCAUCUUGUCCAAUUACCAACGCGUUCGCGUUGAACAUGUAUUGGGGUUGAUACCCUUGUCUUACCUGUGGCAAAGGGACCAGGCUGAGCUAUUCUCGGAGAUGAUUGAAGCAGGCCUAACAGCCGUCUUAAUCAAGGUCGCUGGGAUCGGCCUCACACCAAAACACCUUGGAAAGACAUUGGCAGAGAUGCAACCUACCCUGACAAAACUGAAUUCACUCUAUGGAUUGCAUGUCUGUGGAGAGGGUGGAGAAUACGAAACUUUGACCAUUGACUGUCCACUCUUCAAAUCUCGGAUAGUCCUAGAAGAGAUCGAAACGGUGAUCCACUCGGACAACGAUUUUGCUACCGUCGCGUAUUUGCGAGUUAAGAAGGGGGCCCUGGAGCCCAAACCUGACAUCGUCCAAGGGGCGCUGAGCAUACCUCCUUUGCUGGAAGACCCAUACAUCGACCUCGAAGCCACUCUUAAGGGAUCGCACAUCGAGUUCAGUUCACCUAGAGAGUGGACUGGGUCCUUUCCUUCACAGUUACCGCCCAGCAGCCACAAGCGCGGAAACUGGGUCGCUGUUAGCAAUGUGCACAGGUCUGUUCCGCUGGGUGCACCAGCGGCCGAUCUACCAAUAUCCGAAGAGGUUGAAGAAUGUUUCUCGAUUUUAAAAAACGAACUACAGAGUCAUGGGCUAUUGCUGGAGCACUGCGCCAACAUCAAUGUCUUCAUUUCGCCUAUGAGCUUGUUUGCUGAAGUCAACAAAGCUUAUACCCGAUUCUUUGGGACCAGUCCUCCUGCCCGGGCUUGUGUCGCUACCUCACUACCAUGGCCUAUCCGCGUCAGGAUGGAUGUCAUUGCCCAUGCUGAGGAGAAGGCGUCCAAUCGUCAAGCACUACAUGUCCAAGGCCUCAGCUACUGGGCUCCUGCAAACAUCGGGCCAUAUUCCCAGGCUUCAGAACAGCUAUUCGUGUCGGGACAAAUUGGGCUCACCCCAAGGGAUCUGACUCUUGCCAAUUCAUUCCCCCUGCAAGCAGCUCUCACACACCAACACGUCGCAAGAGUGAUCAAAGCAGUCUCAGAAACUACCGGAAGUUGGGACGGGUUUCCUCAAUUGGUUCUUUACUGGAUGGACAAGGCAAUGAAUCCUUCGAAUGUAUUACUGGAGUCAGAAACUUUGACUCCCCGGGUUCCGUCCCUUUCCAUAGUUGUGGAUUCCUUGCCCAAAAACGCUCAGGUCGAAAAACAGGUUCUCUUCCACACAGGUCGAUGCGAGAUCAUUGACGAAGAGGGCGAGGCGGUCGUCGAAACCAAAAUGCCUGCAUUUUCUGAGGCCAAAAUCGACUGCUCUCGCGGUGGUGUUAUCAAAGUAGAGAAGCUUGUCAACGGAGACAAUUCAUUUGCCACCGUUAUCUGUGCCAAAGGGGACAUCUCUGGAAAUGCGGAAUCGGUGUUGUCCGAAAUCCUCACUACGUCACCCUUAUCGGCGAGGAUAUUCUAUACACCAUCUCCUGGUUCACUGGAGAUCCAGAAGGUCUUGCAGAAGCACUUGACGAUGCCAGCGACGCAGAUUUUCUGCCGAGAUAUAUCGACAAAGGACGGGUUGCAUUGGGACCACGCGAUCAUCUUCUAUUCCCCAUAGGAAGACAGCAGAUUGAAAUAUCCGUUGAUAUCUAUUAACGUAAUACGAAGAUGUCAUGAA